AUGGCUUCUCCCCAACACUACUCCCUAUUUCUCAUCUCCCUCACUCUCCUCAUUCUAUCAACAAAUGCUCAAAGCCCCCUAAUAAUAACCCUCCCAAUCCACCUAGACACCAAAACCUUCCAAUUCUACACCACCAUCCACAUGGGCUCCAACCGGGCCCCCAUCAACGCUAUCCUCGACCUCGGGGGCCCGUUCCCAUGGUUUGCGUGCGACAACUACGUUUCGAACACGUACUCCCCAGUCCCUUGCGGCUCGGCCCGUUGUGAGACCGCCAAGGGGAUCGGGUGCGUGAGCUGCAAUCUGCCCCUGAGGCCCGGGUGCACAAACGACACGUGCGCAGCCUCUCCCUACAAUCCCUAUCUCGACAUGCUCUUCGCAGAGGGCUUCGCGGAGGACACGCUGUCCCUCGCGACAGCCCGAGUUCCCGGCUUCAUAUUCUCGUGCAUGCACGCGGAGGACCUGGACGGCCUGGCGCGUGGAACCACGGGCAUGCUCGGCCUCGCCAGGACCGAGACAUCGGUCCACAGGCAGGUCGCGAGAAGUCUCGGCCUGCGCGACAAAUUCUCCCUAUGUUUCCCAUCCUCGUCGGGAACAGGGAAAUUAUCGAUUGGGCUGGGGUCGGGCCCAACACCGGGCCUCGAUGGCAUUCUGAAAUCCACGACCCUCAUCAUAAACCCGGUCAGCACGUACCCUAUUUACACGACGGGGGACCCAUCCGACGAGUACUUCAUCGACGUGCAAUCAAUACGGGUGGCGGGACGACAGCUGUCGGUCAAGAGCUCGUAUUUCUCAAUCGACAAGGAGGGCGUGGGUGGGACGAAAAUCAGCACCAUUCGGAACUUCACAUCUCUCCACAACUCGAUCUACAUGCCAUUCACGAGGGCAUUCGUGAAGGCGGCAUCCGACCUUGGGAUCAAGAGUGUGGGGGGCGUGGGCUCGUUCCGGGCCUGUUUCAGCACACGGACGAUCCGAGCGGUGCCGGAUAUCGACCUCGUGCUUCCUGGAAGGGACGUGUAUUGGAGGAUAAGCGGAGCAAACUCGAUGGUUGAGGUUGACGGAAGGACAACGUGCCUCGCGUUCGUGGACGGUGGGCGCAGCCCGAGGACGGCGGUGGUGAUCGGUGCUCGACAGCUGGAGGAUAAUUAUUUGGAGUUUGAUCUGGUCAACUCACGGCUGAGCUUCAGCUCUUCACUUUUGGUCCACAACAAAAGCUGCAGCUCUUAA